AUGUUUGUGCAAAUUUUUGGCUUGGCAGUAUUAGUUGCCGCCGCCCAUGCUGGCGGCAUUUCUUACGCCCAUGGAGGAUUAGGACUUGGAUUAGGAGGAGAAGGACAUGGAAUUGCCAUCGCCGCCGCCCCAGUAGCCAUUGCUAAACAAACCGUCGUGGACUACUACACUCCGGCAAAGUACGAAUUCAAGUAUGGAGUAUCCGACGGCCACACUGGGGACAACAAGGAGCAGUCGGAAGUCCGCGAAGGUGACACGGUGAAGGGUCAAUAUUCGUUGAAGGAACCGGACGGUACCAUCCGUGUGGUGAAGUACACCGCCGAUCCUCACAACGGUUUCAAUGCCGUCGUCGAAAGAAUCGGUCACGCCUCUCAUCCUCAGAUCCUCGUGAAGAAAGCCAUUGCUGUACCUGUUGCCACUCACGGAAUUGCCCUGGAAGGACUAGGUUUGGGACAUCACUAAUAUGAUCCGCAGCCGAGGACUGGAAAGCCGUUAGUCGACUCACGUUUGCCAUAUAUACUCAUCGCCCAUCGUUGCUCAUCCUUCAUUCAUCAUCUAUUCGUUCACGUUCCAUGCUUUGUGGAAUUUUGUUGUAUAUAUUUAGUUUAUAAUUUUUAAUAAACAUUAAA